GGGGGUGGCAGUGAGUCUCGGGCGGGCGCCGCGGCACACGCACCAGUGUAAAAGAUGACUUCUAGGAAGAAAGUGUUACUGAAAGUCAUCAUCCUUGGAGACUCUGGGGUAGGAAAGACGUCGCUCAUGAACCAGUAUGUGAACAAGAAAUUCAGUAACCAGUACAAGGCCACGAUAGGCGCAGACUUCCUGACAAAAGAGGUUAUGGUGGAUGACAGGCUAGUGACAAUGCAGAUAUGGGAUACAGCAGGACAAGAACGAUUUCAGUCUCUGGGAGUUGCCUUCUACAGGGGAGCAGACUGCUGUGUGCUGGUGUUUGAUGUCACGGCCCCCAACACGUUCAAGACCUUAGACAGCUGGAGGGACGAAUUCCUCAUUCAGGCCAGUCCAAGGGAUCCUGAGAACUUUCCUUUUGUUGUGCUGGGAAACAAGAUUGACCUAGAAAACAGACAAGUCACCACAAAACGAGCACAAGCCUGGUGCUACAGUAAAAACAACAUCCCCUACUUUGAAACCAGUGCCAAGGAGGCCAUUAAUGUGGAACAAGCUUUCCAGACCAUUGCACGAAAUGCACUUAAACAGGAAACCGAAGUGGAGCUUUACAAUGAAUUCCCUGAACCCAUCAAACUAGACAAGAAUGACCGAGUGAAGGCUUCUGCAGAGAGCUGCAGCUGCUGAGGGGAGAGGGAGGGGUUGAGCACAGUCCUUCACAAAUGAAUAUCACACUUAGGCCUUCAAACACACAGCCCCUCUUCUGUGUUUAAAAUGAAAUUUAAAAAAAUUUCCAUCUCCAGCUGCCAAAAUCCACCCAUCUCUCAUGAGCAUCUGUGAGUCCUACACCUCAGAGCUCACAUCCCCACACCAUCCACAUCACACUUCAUGGUAACAGACCUUUCUCUUAGUUUAAAAUGGAAAGUCUUAUGUAUGUUUGGAACUGAAUCUAAUUCUGGGUGUCCAAUGGAGAGAAACUGUUUACAGGUAAUCUGUGUAACAAGUUACAUACAUUUUUAACUGUCUGGUGUUUUUUUCCCCCCCUGUGAAGGCUGCAACUGGAAAGGCUGAUUACCCAUAGUUCAUUGCAAGCUCAGCACUCAGUCCAACUAGGUUGAGUUUUGUAUGUAUCUCUGUUUAAUGCUUGUUACUUUUAACUAAUCAGAUCUUUUUACAAGUAUCCAUGUAUUACGUAAUGCUUCUUUAGGAAAAAUCUUAUAGUACAUGUUAAUAUAUGCAACCAAUUAAAAAAUGUAUAAAUUAGUGUAAAGUUCCUGAAUUACAUGUUCAAGUACUGAAACACAGAUCGUGUAGAGAGUGAGGAGGACACUUUGUGAACUGCAGCGUGCUAGCAACACAGAGUCCAGAUAGAGGCAGUAUUCUGUACAGUAGAGAUGAACUGUGUAAACCUUCUUGUUUUGAGGCCAAAAAGGCUUCAUCUUCUGGAAAAUCUGUCUGGCUUCCUUGUAUCUAAAUUCUCAGAUUUGCAUAACAGCAUUGAUAUGCACACUGGAUUAUGGGAUUUAAAAUUAAAUACAGGUAUGAAAAGACCUCGUUUGUUCACCUCCCCUACUGCUUAACUCCUAACAUCCUGGAGCGAGUGUGAGGAGCCAGAGCUGAGGUGUCCUGGUGACAUUUUUGUACCGUGGAAGGAGCUUCUCUCCUACCUGGGUUGUGGUAGCUGUUUCUCCUUGAGUGACCUGGACUAUGAAUCUUCCCUUUCUUCCUACUGACUGCUAAUCUGGAUUUUUGGUAUGGAAAAACCUGGCAAUCUAGUCCCUUUCCUCUCUUUCCUCCUGGUAUUUGUUCUUGCGUUUGUAGCUUGCUUAAAUGGAGCCCUUCUACCUGUUUUUCCAGAGGUCUACAUUCUAGUAUGUAGGCUGAGCUCUUAUGUAAAGAGACAAACAUGAUGCCAAUAAACUUAAC